GGGUGCGUUGUGAGGGGUGGGGGGGCUGCUUGAGGAGGGCAAAGAGCAGACGGUGCAUCGUCGCUGUAGAAGUUUUACGUCCUGUACCGCAGCGAGAGGAAUUGAAGGGGAAAGUCAUCAUUAAAUCAGCUGACGCUGUUUGGGCCCUGGGCACUACCCUGAGGAGCUUCUGUCGAGAUGAAUAACCCUCAAAUAUAACCAUUUUCCUUUUUGUCAGAUACUGCCAGAUGUGUGGAGUUUCUCCAACGACCUCUGUUUUUAUUUCAGAUUUCCAGCAUCUGCAAUUCUUUGGUUUAUUUAAGGUAUUGCUUUGUGGUGAGUGAGGAGAAGGGACCCUAGAAUAAAACAAAAUGGUGGUCUUCAUCUGUAAUGGAUGUGGAGCAUCAGUUAAGAAAGCUCAAGUGGAAAAGCAUUUUAAUAGUUGUCGGAAUUGUCCAUGUUUGUCAUGUAUUGACUGUGGGAAGGACUUUUGGGGAGAGGAUUACAAGACACAUAUUAAAUGCAUCAGUGAAGAUGAAAAGUAUGGUGGUAAAGGAUUUGAAGCCAAGGCCAAAAAAGGUGAUUUGAAACAACAGCAGUGGAUAGAGACAGUCCAUCAAAUCAUGAAUGAAUCAAAUGUUAACCCCAAGGUGCGUGAAAUUCUGGAACAAAUCAAUACUUAUGAUAACAUACCUCGAAAAAAAACAAAAUUUCAGAACUGGAUGCAAAACAGUUUGCAGAUCUACAGUGAGGAACUGCAGGGGCAGGUUUGGGAGAUCUUUGCUGCUGCUCUCUCCAAAGAUAAAGCUAAACAGCAAGUAAACGACACUCCAAAUGGUGUCACCCCAUCAAAAUCAGUGGAAGCAGACCAGAACCAGGCACCUGCAGUCAAAAGAGAAGAGAAGGGAAGAAACAAACAGGAGGCAAAAGUGAAAGGGCAGAAAAAAUCCAAAAAGGAAAAGAAGCUGUUAAACUCAGAGGAAUGCAAAAGUCCUUUAAAGCAUGAACCAGAUUCUAAAACAAAGGAACAAAACAAAACCCUGAAGGGAAAAAAGAAAAAGCUGAAAAAACUACACAAGAAAGAUGGAGCCCAUACCAUGCGGGAAAAUGGCAAUCAAGUAGAGGGCUGUGAGCAACAGAACAGUGAGAAUGUACUUGGCAGGAAGAAGGGCAAGAAACGGAAACAGAAAACAUCCAAUGAAGGUGAACCUAACUCGAAACGGGAAAAAGUUCAAGUUCCAGAAACCAAAGAAGUGGAAGAAGCUAAUGAAGGAAAGCAAGGAAAAUUCAACUGGAAAAGAACAAUCAAAAUUGUUCUCAAACAGUCUCCUGAGCAGGAAAUUUCUGUUAAAAAAUUACGGAAAAAGGUUCUAUCCCAGUACUACGCUGAGUGUGGUGAUAGUAACUACAAAUCUGAAGUGGAACUCCUGGCAAUUUUUUACAAGAAGAUAAGUUCUAACCCCAAAUUUAAAGUGCUGAAAGACAAAGUAAAACUUGUGAAAUAAAUGAAAAUGUACUUUGGAUAGCAAAAGACUGGACCAUAGACAAAAAAUGAAUUUAUUUUGUCUCUUUCUGUAGUUGGCAUUCAGAAUAUUUUGCUUUUAUGUACAAUGCUGAAAUUUCAGCAUUGAUUUGGGGACAACUUGUGCUUCAUGAUGGCUUAGAGAUGUUCUGCUAUUUAAUAAAUGAACUAUUUUUACAUAUGUCAGAAGAAGUUGACUCCCUCUCAAUCUUGCAUUUAAAGUGAAAUGGUUACACUUAACUUAUAUUUAGAAGCUGUGAUAUGAUCACAAGACAGAUUCAACAUCAAGAGAACUGUGGAACCCAGAGGAACCUCGAUUACUCGAAGGACACGGAGGAGGUGUUUUUGUUCAGUUUAUUGAAUUCCGGAUAAUCAAAUGUCAUGUAACAAGGUUUAGCCAAGCACGGGACCUUGCAAUCUUGCCGGAUAAUCUGAUAUUCGGAUAAUUGAGGUUCCUCUGUAUAAUAAAUUUUUCAGGACAUUCACUGAUUUCAUUCAUUCUCCUAUCAUGGAAUCCAUACGUUACAUCAACUGUUUUAAUUGUUUGUGUUUUGUUUCAACUGAUCUAUGUGAAAGUCCGUUUUAAUGCACGUUUCUUUCCAUGGACGACAUUGACUCUUGUCUCACGUGCAUUGAAAAGAUCAAGAGCAUACUUUAGUACAUUAGGGUGUUAGAUUUUGCAACCUACUGAAAUAAUUUAACUUUCGUAUCAACACAACAUGGAUUGAAUUAAUGUUAUUGUCAUGAACUAUCUAAUCAUGGAGAGAAUUGAACUCUUCUAUAUUCUUUUGGUGGUCAUGUCGCCAGUCAUUACAGUAGUACAAACUCAACUGCACUUUCUACCAAAAAUAUUAACCGUAGAACAAUCAUGUUGCACAAGCUAACUCAGAUAUGAACAUGGAUUUUUUGAAUUAGAAACUACCAGCAGUCAAUUUGUCAUUUCAGGCUAAGGGUGUGAGCUGUAAUAUAUUGUCAUCCCUAUAUUUGUUUUCCCAUUGUACACAGAUAUACAACUGUAUACAGAUCCAGCAUCUCAGUUUUGGUUUCAACAAAGUUUUCCCCACUGACCUUUUAUGUUUGUGGGAAAGGAAAAUCGUGGCUAAAACUGGUUUUGUUCAGUCUCUAUCUUUUGAUGUAACU